AUGGGCCUCGAGAUCUCGCCCUUGCUGCGCCCGGCGCCUCUCUUCCUCGUCGCCGCUGCCCUCCGUCUCGUCCUGCUUCUCUAUGGCACCUGGCAAGAUGCCCAUUCGGCCUUCAAAUAUACCGAUAUCGAUUACCUCGUCUUCACCGAUGCCGCCCGCUACCUCCUCCCGCCGUCGUCGCCUUCGCCGGCAUCCGACCCGGUGGCCAGCCAGACGCCUUACGCCCGCGAUACCUAUCGCUACACGCCCCUGCUCGCAUGGCUCCUCCUUCCCACCGCCCUCCACCCCUGGCUCUUCUCCUUCGGCAAGGUCGUCUUCGCCCUCGCCGACCUCCUCGCCGGCUGGCUCAUCCUCCGUAUCCUGCACAACCCGCACCGGCCGGCCAUGAGCCCGCGCCGCGCCGCCGCCUUUGCCGCCCUCUGGCUCUGGAAUCCCAUGGUCGCCACCAUUAGCACCCGCGGUAGCUCCGAGGGCCUCCUCGGCGUCCUCACCAUGGCCCUGCUCUGGGCCGUCGAGGCGAGGCGCGUGACCAUCGCCGCCGUCGUCCUCGGCCUCGCCGUCCACUUCAAGAUAUAUCCCUUCAUUUACGGCCCCGCCAUCCUGUGGUGGAUGGACGAGGAGCAUCUGGGAAAGCCGUCGAGGCCAGCGUCGACUUCCUUCGCCGAGGCCGUCGUCCGCUUUUGCUCGCCCGAGCGGAAACGCCUCGUCGUCAUCAGCCUGGCCACUUUCUUUGCCCUCAACUUCCUCAUGUACUCCAUGUACGGCACCCCGUUCCUCGUACACACCUAUUUCCACCACGUUACCCGCGUCGAUCAUCGUCACAACUUCUCCCCCUACAAUAUCCUCCUCUAUCUCACCUCGGCUCAUCCCCCCUCGUCGUCCUCGCUGCGCAUCGAGUCUCUCGCCUUCUUGCCCCAACUCGCCCUCUCAUGCGUCCUCAUCCCCUUCGUCCUCGCCAAGAAAGAUCUCGCCACGUCCAUGAUGGCGCAGACAUUUGCCUUUGUCACCUUCAACAAGGUCUGCACCUCGCAGUACUUUCUUUGGUACAUGAUCUUCCUGCCCCUCUACCUCCCCCGCUCAUCCUUGCUCCGGAAACCCUUCCUGGGAAUAUCCGCCCUCAUCCUCUGGGUUGCAUCCCAGACUGCCUGGCUGCAGCAGGGCUACGAGCUGGAAUUUCUCGGCCAGAGCACCUUCUUUCCCGGUUUGUGGCUCGCCUCCUUGGCCUUCUUUCUCGUAAAUUGCUGGAUUCUCGGCAUCAUCAUCGGCGAUGCCGAGCUCGACUACAAGUAA